AUGUCACAUUCUCAAACAGUAAAAAGAAUACUGUUUAAAUGCUCCUGAAGUUUAAAAGCAACGUUUUCCACCACUAAGGUCUGCAUCAUGUUUAACAGUCUUAUCCUCCUCCCUCCAUCUUUCUUCUCCUCCAGGGUGUAUUAGAUAAACCGUCUUAAACCCUCAUCCCUCUCCUCUCCUCCAGGGUAUCUUCUCAGUGACCAACCUCCAUGCUGAUAUUUUCCUGGUGGCCAAAGUGGAGAAUGUCCUACAGAACAGUAUUACACACUGUGCUGAGCCCUACAUUAAGACCUCAGACAUCAACAAGGUGUGUGUGUGUGUGUGUGUGUGUGUGUGUGUGCAUCAACAAGGUCCUUGCCUUCGCCCCCCUGUUUUUUCUUUAUCUUCUAUAAAAAGUGUUAAAAGAUUUAGUAGGGCCUGUGUAUUUUGUUAUGGAGUCGAGAGCUACUUUAAAAGUGAGUUUUUAAAUUGAAUUGCCUGUGUUAUUACCUAUGCAUCGGAGUCAUUCUACAUGUGUCUGUUUUCCCCUCCAGACAGCCCAGAAGGUUCUGAAGGCUGCCAAGCAGACGUGUCAGCGCCUGGGCCAGUAUAGGAUGCCCUUCGCCUGGGCUGCCAAGUAA